AUGCACCUUCUCCUCACUCGCGGCCACCCCGUCUACUCCGCCAUUCUCCCUAGUACUGGGCCCGGAAAUACAAAGAAUGUAACCGCGCAGGUGGAUGCGGAGUAUGUGCGUAAACAUAUGUUAUUGCCGAUUUUGGAUACGGAGGGGCAUGAUGUAGUGGUGGUUAUGCAUUCAUAUAGGUAUGUUUUUGUGGGAUUUUGAUUUCGUUUUCGGGGGUUUUUAAGUUUGGAGAAAGGGGAAAGGGAAGAAGAGAGAUGAAAAGAGAUGAUUCAAAAGAAAGAGAAAGUAAUAGAAAAUAUAGACCACAGGGGAAGAAAAAUAAACAAAAAGGCUAACACAAAUCCACCACAAAAGCGGUAUCCCCGGCAGUGCCGCCGCCUACGGACCAGGCAAAAAAGAUCGCGAAGCAGCGGGCAAGACAACAUCUGUUUUGGGGCAGAUAUAUAUCGCAUCGUUAUUAGUCAAAUGAGUUGAUGGAGGGAAUAUUGUUGAUGCGUUGGGUGGAUCACUUUCGCCGCAUAUUACGCCUGAUGUGACUUUUUUUCAGUGUUGUUUUUGGUUGGUUUAGAUUCUUGGAGGUUCUCAGGGUUUUCUCUUUGAUUUUUUGAGUAUCAGGUGGGAUGGAGAAGUGGGGAAGUAUCUUCUCAUUUUCACAACUACUUAGUGGUAGAUGAAAGAACCAUUGUCGCACUUGGUGGAGAGCUGUCCCCAACUGUAUCCCUAGAACUUGAUUUUUUAUAACCCAUCCCCUCCCUCCAUUCCAAUCCCCCCCUAAAAUCCCCACUAGGAACCCUCCGGCAUCCUCACCUACGCCGACCCCGGCCCUCCCCUCUACUCCGACGUCACACCCCUCCUCUUCCAAAGCGCCAUCGUGAACUCCACUCUCUGUCCCAGCUACGCCUCCUGGCAUUUGCCCUAUCCACGCGCCUCCUGGGAUCAAGAAUCUUUCAAAAGAAAAAUUGCAUUCAUUCGAACCCUCAAUGAUACGGGUAUCCCGUUGCAGUUUCAGGAUAUGUUUAUGCAGAAUAUUGGGGAAGAGUGGAUGGUGAGAGAUAUGGAUACGGGGCAUAGUCCGCAGCUUGUGCAGCCGGAACGCGUUUGUGAUGUUUUGAUUGAGUUGGCGAGGGGGUUUGGAUUGUUUGAUGAUUGGUUUCUCCGGCAAAGUGAAAAUGAAGACAGAAAAAAGCCCUGA